CUUACAAGCAUCAGUUUGGUAGCCUCGCGGCCGUAGUAAAUUUAAUAUACAUAUAUAGGAUCAUCUGACUAGAUGAAAUUCAUUGUGCCGCUAAUGGUGAUCAUCAUCAAGCGCUACAUCCUCCUAGCUCUCAUCCUCUCCAUUCAAUGUGGUGGAGCAAAUGGCACCUCAAGAGAGUACUCACCGUUGCCACCGUUCAAAGACGUGGUGGGCCCAUCAACUCCGGUCGCCGCCGACGACGUUCCGCCGCCGCCGUACUGCGUGUACCCUCCUCCUCCUACCAAGCCGGCUCUUCCGGCCCCGCUGCCGCCGACGCCGGCGAGCCCCGGCGACUCGCCGCCAUCGAUCGCGCCAGCUGGAAACCCACCGACGCCGGCGCAGGCCGGUGCGCCGCCGCCAUCGAUCGCGCCGGGAACGGGAAGCCCGCCGCCAGCAACGACGACGCCGCCGGCGCCGGGGGCGAGGGAGGCGGGGGUGUGGUGCGUGGCGAACCCGACGGUGGCGAGCGCGGUGGCGCAGACGGCGAUGGACUACGCGUGCGCGUCGGGCGCGGACUGCGACAUGGUGGCGGCGCCUGGGGCGCCGUGCUUCCUGCCGGACACGCUCAUGGCGCACGCCUCCUACGCCUUCAACAGCUACUGGCAGCGCACCAAGGUCGCCGGCGGCACGUGCGACUUCGCCGGCGCCGCCAUGCUCAUCACCAAGGAUCCCAGUUAUGAUGGGUGCCGGUAUGUGUACAUGUGAUGUGGUACGGAUCUCUUCGGGAAAUGAAGAUGUUUUGCAAGGCUUUUGGGCAAUCGAAUCCAUGGGUCUCCUGCACAAGUAUAUUUACCGAAGUAAAUAUCUCAUUUUUGAAUGGUCGGACAGUCCACAGUAUCAGAGUCAAAAGCAUACCACUUUGUAUGGUGUAUUCUCUGACGUCCACAUUCACAGGCUAGUUGUUCUAUUAAAAAUGUACAAAUAGAUGUGCUAGACUAUUA